AUGAGGCUAGGAUACGAUCGAGACGUUGGCGAUGGCCAUACCCGCCUCGUGCGUCGCAGGCCCCUCCGCCCCGAGUCUCGCGAUUGGUAUGGGCCUGCUGACGUCGUGGACUACCCGAUGCCCCAUCGGACACGUAUCGAGGAGAUACAAAGGCCCAGCAGACGGACGCCCAGGGGCUAUGCGAAGAGCUCCAGGAGCUUGGAUGCGUACCCGCCAACCAUGAUGCCGCCACCGCACUUGACACGGGCUUCAACAGAUGCUUAUAAGCGACGCCCUCAGUUUUCCGUCUAUGAAGCAGAAGACGAUGACGAUGACUCCGACGAACGAUGGCCGCCCAUGAAGCCCCGGGGCCGCUACUCCGAACGGGCCCGACCCCGCCAGCCGCUCCGAAAACCCAGAGAGCCGACCCCGGAGUCGACACCUCCAUCGGAGAGUGAAGAAGAAAGUGAUAGCGAGGAGGAAGACGAUGACGACGAUGAAGAUGAUGAUGAUGAUAGCAAUCAAAUAGAAGUGGUGGUUGAAGAGGUGGAUGACGACGACGACGAUGAUGACGAUGAUGAAGAAGAGGAGGAAGAUCACAGACCACGCCCGAAACACCGACACCAUCGACACCACCGACAAGUGAGCCGUGAAGAAUAUGUUACUUCCUCGGAUGAGAAAAGACGACGAAGGCGGCAGAGAGUACCCUCAUCAUCCACCUCUGACGAGAUAGAAGUAACCUAUGGUCGUCAAGCCUCCUCCGAAAGAGGCUCCCCCGACCGGAGACCUUCUUUGAGACGUGAGGUCAGCGAUAUGCCCAGGCACAGCUUCCCAGCGAGGUACACAAGUGUAAUUGGGACUACUCGACCGCCUGUGUCUUCCAGGAGGACAACAAAGGUCUAUGAAUCACGAGAGCUAGUUCGCGAAAGCCGCCCUCGCCGGACUGGCCCUAUUCAGGUCAUCAGGGAAUCUAGGUCGUCUUCACGACGCCCUCUGAGCUUGGUGGGCAGCAUGUUUGGAGACUCAUCCCGAAAUACAUCUCCAGACCGGCCUGCUAAACUUCGUGAUUGUAAAGGAUGCCUGGACGAAGUUCCUGUAUCAAGGUGUCCCAAGCUUGACUGCGGCCAUCGCAUGUGCCACAACUGCCUCAGGCGACGGUUCAAGCAGUCCAUGACAGAUCCUCAGCAGAUGCCCCCAAGCUGCUGCCCCCCUGAGCCCAUUGGCCUGGAAUAUGUCGACACGCUUUUCGAUCCCAAGUUUAAGAAGAUGUGGAACAAGAAGUAUGUGGAAUACUCGAUUGGAAACCGACUUUAUUGCCCCUCCAGGCGAUGCGGGGAAUGGAUUCGCCCGGCAAAUAUCUAUACCGACCGUGACACGGGACGCAAGGCUGCCCGUUGCGACCAUUGCAACACCAAGGUCUGUGUUGCUUGCAACGGCCGGUGGCAUUUCUCUAGCAAGUGCCCUAGGGACGAUGAAACGGAGAGGUUCCUCGAUUACGCUAGAAGCGAAGGGCAGAGGAGAUGCCAUAAGUGCGGUGCUCAUGCUGAGGUCAGAGACGGCGAGAAUCACGCAGCAUGCCGAUGCGGUGCCAACUUCUGUAUUGUAUGCGGACAAAAGCCCAAGAGAUGCGAAUGUCCGUGGUUCAGCCCCGACAACCCAGAUUCUGAUCAGGUUGAUACGGAUGGUCCUGCCCUCGUACGCCGAGGUGACAUCCAAGUCUUCCGCGAGGAGGCUCCAGCGCCGCCAGAGGAGAGGCGAGUCUCUCGACGAGCACGAGGAUCUACCAAGCCUCGAUCGCGAAUAUAUGAUGAAGAAGCUCUUAUGCGAAAGCAGCAAGAACAACAAGAGGAGGAGCUAGCCCGUCGGUCGCAAUACUACAGCAAGGAGGAUGAGUACGACGCCAUGGGAGACAUCCCAGAGGAGGUUGGUGUUGGAAAUCCACCACCGGGGCACUUGAUGGACAAGUACCGCGGCACCGGCCGUAGAGUAGUUGGUGCUCCGCCUUCCCCAAACCGGCCAGGGUUUGACAGGAACCCUCCUCCUGGAGAGUACUACUCCGGCAGUGACCAUAUGAGAGGGCCACCGAUGGAUAGACGACUGGCAGAUCGAUUCGCGGAACCCCGAUAUGGCUCAAUGCCCCCAAUGGAGCCCCCGGUUGGAAUGAUGCCGCCGGGCUUGAUGCCACCACCGAUCGGAAUGCCGCCUCCGAUCCGUGAGAGCAUGUACGGCGGAGGCAUGGGACCUGACCGGGUUAUCGUGGAACGAGAUCCAAACUACGACGACAACGACUCGUACUACAGCCAUAGCUCCCGCAGCCGCAAGAGCGGGCGGCGCAGCGAAACACCCAAAUCCUCCGAGCUGGCCGGACUAAGCGGGCGCGGCACGGGCAUGGGUCGGGUAGAUGUGUGGAGGAAGUUUGUCGAGCCCGGAGAUCCCGAAGGGGACCUGACAACAGCAGCCGCGUCAGCGUGA